AUGAGUACGCCUAAAAUACGGGGCAAAUCCGCCAUACACGAUGCCAUCAUCGGCCCUGGUACGUCCAGUGUGGCAACCGUUGGCGGUGGCGUUGGAGGUGCUGCACAACACAACGCACUGCUCAAGAUCGAAUCCGUCGUGCCAAAGCUCACGACCCGUGGGGCAAAUGGUCCGCUCGCCUCCGGACACUCCACACGCUUGCGUACCUUUCAUCGGUCCCACAGCACACUGAGUUCAUCGUACCUGCGGAAGGUAACUGCGGCCGCGGCAGCCGAUUACAAUCGACAGCAACGCAUCCAUCCGGGUCCCGGUCGACCCGAGCCUAUCAACGAACGGGGCAACUAUGGACCCUCACCACCACCACCACCACCACCACAACCUCCGCCACCCAAUGCUGCUCCACCCUUGUCGCAAGCACUGCUCGACACUACCGGCCAGCAGCUACUUGCCGGAUACGCUGAAACACCUCCCCUGGACAGUGCAUUGAUCGUACAAAAUGGCGUCCCGAGCAUACGACGAACGCCGAAAGAUCGCGAAAAGCAUCCGGACCGGGUCAAUCUCGAUCGGAAAGGGCUCAGCUCGAUACCGCUCAUCGAGGAUGAACCAAACCUGCGGCUACUCUCGCUACAGCACAACCUGAUCAAUUCGUUCCAUAUCCCACCGGAAGCAGAUCCGAACAACAAUCUGCACCAUCAUCACCAACAGUCAAUUGCCGGUGGACACUGUGUGAUUAAUGGUGGUGAGCUGAAACCCGCACACUAUCCUGCCAACAAUCCACCAACACCGACCAAACCAUCGCCAAGUGGCACACCGACGAAUGGACCCGUGGUGUCCGCCGUUCCUACCGCCACUGCUUACGGCACAACCAAACCCUCCGCCAAACAGUUUCUGCGUCAGAAAUCGACCUCCCGUGGGCAGUUACUGAUGGGAACUAAUCUAACUACGCUAGGACCAGCGGGAGUACCCGGAACCGGAGGUGGCCCCGUUGCAGGAAGCUUUAUCCAAAGCAAGAUCACGAUCGGUAGCAAACAGUCGGGCUCACAGGCUACCUCGGCACAACCACCGCAAUGUUCCAACGGUCCAAUGACUGGCGUGUCACCCCAUCUCCAAAAACCUCCUCCCCAUGCGCCUUCUUCCACGGGACCAAUCGCUAUUACGGCUCAGCAGAAAAGUUUGCUCAAAAAGUCUAACAGCUUCAUCGGUGGUCCUAGCAUGUUCCUAACCGGUGGUCCGAACGGUCAAUCGACAGCGGCCGGUGGCGGUUCCACGAACGGGAUGCUAAAAAUGCGAGCUGGAAAGUUACUGCUCGUACCAUCGUUCAGCAUUGACAACCUGAGCAAUAUAAGCGAACUUCCUGCCGGAGGUUCGGCAAGCGAACAGGAUUACUUCAUCAACGGUCACUCGAGUAGUAAUGGAAGUGCGGGAAAUAGUGGUAAAACAACCCCGACCAACAAUGGCCAGCUAACACCGUCGACCGAGUGUGCAGUGCCCGCGAAUUGUAACGUCCUCGUCACACGCUACAACCUUAGCAAUCUAGUUUUUCUCGAUCUGUACGAUAAUCAGAUCGAAAAGAUCUCCUGUUUGGAUGGGUUGAAGAGUUUAACGGUGCUGCUGCUAGGGAAAAAUCGUAUCACCGACAUUGGGGGACUCGUCUCGCUCAAGAGCACACUGCGCGUGCUCGAUCUGCAUGGCAACAAGAUCAGCAACAUUACGGGCAAGAUCAAUCAGCUGCAGGAGCUGAAGUCACUCAACCUUGCCGGUAAUGCGUUGCGCCAGAUACAGGUGCACGAUUUUGCCGGCCUGUUUAGCCUGAAGGAGCUGAACCUGAAGCGGAACCGUAUCAAGAAAAUUUUCGGCUUUGACGAUCUGCACAAUCUCGAGCGCCUCUGGCUGUGCCACAACGAUCUACAGUGCGUUGAGGAUAUGUCGGCGAUCGCGAAAGCGAUCAACCUGAAGGAGGUAACGAUCGAAAACAAUCCCGUCUCGCUGGCGGGGGAUUGUGUGUCGUUUCUGGUAAGCUAUUUGCCGGGUUUGGUGUCACUCAGCCAGAUGCAGAUUACCGAGCAGGUGCGCCGUGCUGCAUCGGCGUGGCGCAAAAACAAGGAACUUUCCGACAGUAAAUAUUCGAACCUUUCGUCGGACGUGUGUCAAAGUAUGCGGCGGGAGGAAAUUAUCUCGAAUGCAAGGACCAACUGGGAGCUGCUAAGAUCGCAACAGUCGACCGUUAUUGCACGCGGUGGCCAACGACUCACUGCCAAUGGGACGAUGGCGAAAGAUGCCGACCUGCUGUUGGAUGCUGCGGGUAGCAGUAGUACACUGCUGACGGAGCAUACUGGUACGGCAGCUGCUGGAGUUGGGGACAAAUUGACACGGAAAGGUAAUGCAGGGAAUGGGACGUCACAGGGCAUUAACAAUGGUGGAAGUCGUCCGCUCAGGGGAGCGAAUGGGAAGAGAGCAGCGGGUCGUAAGCCGUUGGUGAGAUCUUCCUCGCAGGAUAACUCUAGUUCGCAAGUGUCCGAGCAGGGUGGUGAAGAGUACUUCCGGUUGCCACCGAUACUGGCUCCGUUUCUGGAACAAUCCACUCCGAAACCUGGUGAUGGGGAGGGUUCAGUUACGUCCGGUGUCGGUACACACGCGGAUUCGAGUGUUUCCAGUGGUUUUAGUUCGGAUAACGACGAACAGCUCAAUCUCGAGAAGGAAAUGGAUAAACAGACCACCUUAGUAGCGUGCAGUGCGAACUCUACACCGGAGAAAGAGUCCGACACUGAUCCGAUGCAUGUAGUUUCGGUAGUACCAGAAGUGAUAGAAGAUUCAGCAGAUAAGAAAAUUCCUGAACCUUCGGUUGAUCUUCCCGUACGGGAGGAAAGUACUUCACGGGGUGAGGAACUGAAGUUGCCAUUGGUGACGGAUGACCAACCGCCCGAUUCGUGUCACGCACCGGAUGAAGCCAAUCUCGACAAGCUGUCCACCCUAUCGACGGUGUCUACAAAAAGUGGUUCCGAGUCGGUUAUAACGACCGCUUCCUCGAAUUCUGACUCGACCGGAUCUACCACGGAUUCUGGCACGAGUAGUUCAGCUGGAGGUGGUGGUGGUGUUGGUGGAGGAGGAAGUAGUAGUAGCGGUAGUGGAACAGGUGGUGGAAGUCAUACCAGUGGAGGUCAUACCACCUCCAUAACCACCGAACGGACACGAACCCACAAAACGAAGCUUACCACCCCUAUCAAACGGUACGGCACGGGGACACUCUCUCGGACGCAAACCGCACGCAACACAGCUCUUCCCUCGACGACCACCACCAGCACCUCGUCAACCAGUCUUGCCAAUUCGUCCAACUUGGCAAACAGCUCCAAUGGUGGAACGCUUUCCACUACCAACGGUGGUGCAACAGCAGCAUACGCCGGUAUCCCGAGCAGCAAUUAUGGGCCACCGACCAUCAGCACCGGCGGCACCGGCAAGUCGGGCAAAUCGGGUGAACGCGAACGGGAACAGGGUGGUGACUAUCUGAUCGAAAUCUGUGGCCGCUACCUGAACGUGUACGGGCUCGGUGCGCUCCGGUUCAUCGACAAGCAGUGGAACAUGCAGAAGGCGUGCGACGUCCAUACGGUCAAGUUUAGCUACAUCAACUUUAACAGCAUCACCGCGAUAUUGUGCCGAAUAAAGGUCCGAUUCGUAAAUGCGGAAAAUUUUAUCUUUCGCGAAACGAACAUUACCUGCCUCGGGCAGAUAAAUGCACUCGCCGAAAGUCAGGGUAUCGCGUCACUGACGAUCGACCCGGAAGGUAACCCGCUGGCGGCUCGACCCUGGCGCAGUUACGCGAUCUAUCGGCUGUCGCACUGGGGCUUGAAGCAGGUGAACGGGACCGAGGUAACGCCCGAGGAGGUACAGACGGCCGAAGCCACGUACGCCGGUCUGUCCGAUCUGGUGCUGUGGUCCCUCCCGGAAGGGCUUCUGCAGCCGUUGCUGCAGCGGUUGCGGCUCGAGGAGACGGCACACGCCUCCAAGAUGACGGCCAAGGAGUGGCUGAUGCAGGCCGACCCCUCGCUCAAGAACAUCGUCGGCAAGGAGGCCCUACAGUGGAAGAAGCACAGCACCACCCAGGACGAUACGGUGAUGCGGGCCAAGGGUAAAGCGUAUUUCGCCAAGAUGCUGGAAAACACGUGCAACGCGGUGGAGAAGCUGCAGCGGCUCGAAACGAUGUGGCCGGUACUCUUGCUGGAGAUGAUCCGGAACACGCUCAUCGACUACUCGCAGAUCGAUGUGUACGUGAAGGGAAUGUUGGUGGAGCUGCUCAAGUAG